GAUCCCCAAGCACAGAUGAGAGGGGACUCCCCAACCCUAGGCGUCGUCGUUUUGAAAAGGUACCAAGCCAGACCUCUGUUCUUCAUGACUGUAGCGUUGCAGCUUGUCCAUCUGGUAAAUAGCUAUCAGAGGGAAUCAGACGGUGCCAGAGAAGUCACCAAAAUCCUGUCUCCAAAGCCCCCAGGGACGACACUGGAUGGGACAUUGAGUAAUUCCAGUAGAGAGAAUGGCAGCCAGGAGGGGUGGCGCCCAAGGGAUUCCUCUCCCUACUCCGGGACUUUUGGAGAAAGUGUGGUCCCUGGAUCCCGCUGCUGCCACAACGGAGGCACCUGCGUUCUGGGCAGCUUCUGCGUGUGCCCUGCGCACUUCACCGGCCGCUACUGCGAGCAUGACCAGAGGCACAGAGACUGUGGCGCCCUGGGGCAUGGAGCCUGGACCCUGCACAGCUGCCGCCUAUGCAGGUGCAUCUUCUCAGCCCUGUACUGCCUCCCACGCCAAGCGUUCGGUCACUGUGACAUAAAAGGCUUCCUCUCUUCAAGGGCCAGAGAGUCAAGUGCAAGCAGUGCUCUGAGCCUUCCCUUCCUGCUGCUCUGCCUCCUCCUGCAGGCUGUGGCUGGUGAAGGCUGAGGCUCCUAAGCCCAGUGACAGAGUCUAUGGGGCUGCAGGGAGUCGCCCCUGAUUGCAUGGGGCGCCCCAGCAUGCCAGCAGGAAAGCUGGGCAGUGGGCAUCUGCAUGGAUGUUGUGUGCUGUAAAUAACAGAGUCCCUGAAGUAUGUAUCCUUGUGCUGUGCAAUAAACAUGUUCAACAGUGA